GGUGGCCGCCUUUGUUCCGGGCCGAGCCAGGGGCUCUGCUGUGCGCCCGGCACCGCGCUGGGGGGACAUGGGGGAGUGACCGCCCUUGGCUGGGGAGAGAUCCCCGCCGCCGCCGUGGGGUCGAGGGAUGCGGCGCCGCUUGCCCCUGCCCCGCCGGGGCCCCGCGUGCUUCGCCCCUCUCCCGCAUUGCCAGCGCCCUGGAGGGGGCAUUGGCCUCCUCCUGCGCCGGGGAGUGCGGGGUGGGCCCGCCUCAGCGCGGCCUGAAGCGAAGGAGCGUGCUGGAGCCCUGCAGCGCGCCCUGCCGCCCUUCAAGGUCAAGUGGUGUCCAUCCGUCCUCGGACCGACGGAUGGGCCGCGGGCAGCGCUGGUAGCUUGGACUUCGUCAGAGGGGUUGCCAGCUGGGGCUGAGGAUGGAAACCACAGAUUGGGGGGAGGGCUUUCUCAACCCGUGGGUCACGACCCAAAAAUGGGUCUCAAGAAUUAUGAAAGGGUCACGAACAAACUUAAAUGGUUUCUCCUUUAAAGGAGAAAACCAGGGCUUUUCCCUUGCAGGCUGGCAGAGCUUAUCUGCUUGGGCCCCCCUCCCCACACACACACAUUGGGGGACUGUGGCAGGGGGCAGCAGGUCAAAAGUGAGGCAUGCUGGGUGGGGACUGGCCAUCCACAUUUGCAAAUGGGCCUUGGUAUGAGAAAGCUUGAGAACUGCUGCUGUAGGUCAGGUAGCCCUAGCAGCUGAAACAUCAGGGGCCAGUCCCCAGCAUUGCUUCUGCAGGGUUAGCUGUCACCUGGCCUCCACCUACUCUUACUGUAGUAAGAGUAAGAUGUUUCAGAAGAACAAAGUGAAUGGGAUUAGCCUUUUCAGCACAAAGUGUCUACAUCUGAUUUUCCCCAAGGUGAAGUAGAGUGAAGACUGCCGAACGUCUUCUUGGUUCUGACCAUUGCGAGGUUUCUGGUGGAAUGAAUAAAAAUAAGAGCUAGAUUGUUUGCUCUUUGAUGCAGUGUGCAAAAAGACAUUGGCAGGUUUUGGGAUUGUGAGGGAGGCAGACCAGAAAUGGAGGCUGACUUUGUAUUUGUAAUGCUAGUCAAAGAGUUUGCAGUUACGAGGGAGUGGGCUUCAAUUUUCCUGAAUCCUGCUAGGACCUACAAAAUAUGAAGCCCAACGAGCAGGUGUAUUGUAUUGGCUUAUGUUUUGAAAACCAUUUUUUGCAGUCAGAAACUUAUAUUUUGAAGCUAAGGUGGUCCCACCAGGGAAAAGUAAUAGAUCAACUGCAGCCACUGGGUCCAGCUGGACUGGUGCACUUCCCAGAAGUUUGUAGAGAGGGCGUGGCUUGGCUUUUCCAGGCAGUUGUGGGUUUAGUUGUCUGUGAAAUUGUAAAGAAGCGUGGGUUAGUCUGACAAGGGAGGCAGGGCUGUGGAGCCAAGUCAGGGGAGAGCAUUGGAAUAAAUCAAAAAGAAAGCAAGAUUUUUUUUUAUAGGCUUUCUGUGAGAAGCAGCAGAAAAUAAAGGAAGAGGUUUGGAAGACAAUAUAUUAACAAAUGAGAAAAGUAUGCAAGUUAGUGGAUUGAAAACAAGAAGAGGGAAUAUACUGAAAUUAAUUCAGCAAAGAGAAUACAAUUGGGGAAAAAGUGGAGAAAUUCCAAGAAAGAAAAGUUUAUGAUGCAUUAUUACCACAGAAGAAAUUCAUGUCUAUAGCUUUUAAGGACUUGGUUACAUCAUUUUCAAGCCUGGUAGUUUUGGAAUCAUCAUUGCAGCCCAAGACGCAUCUAUCUGCAUUUCAAUAACCGUCUUCAUAUAAGAAGAUAUUGAAAGUGACGUACUGUGCUUUAAUACACCUGUAUCAUUGGAUUAUUCAAGAUCCCCCAGUUAUAAAUUUACAGUUGUAUUUAUCAGCCAAAAACAGCAAAAUGAUUCCUAAUGGGUAUUUGAUGUUUGAAGAUGAAAAUUUCAUCGAGUCAUCUGUUGCCAAAUUAAAUGCCUUGCGCAAAAGUGGUCAAUUCUGCGAUGUACGACUCCAGGUGUGUGGGCAUGAGAUGUUGGCACACAGAGCAGUCUUAGCUUGCUGCAGUCCCUACUUGUUUGAAAUAUUCAAUAAUGACAGUGAUUCUCAUGGAAUUUCGCAUGUUAAAUUUGAUGAUCUCAAUCCAGAAGCAGUUGAAGUCUUGUUGAAUUAUGCCUACACUGCUCAGUUAAAAGCUGAUAAAGAACUGGUAAAAGAUGUGUACUCUGCAGCAAAGAAGUUGAAGAUGGAGAGAGUCAAGCAGGUUUGUGGUGAUUAUUUACUCUCCAAGAUGGAUGUUCAGAGCUGUAUCUCAUACCGGAACUUUGCAAGUUGUAUGGGAGAUUCACGUUUGUUAAACAAGAUUGAUGGUUACAUUCAGGAGCAUUUGUUGCAGAUUUCAGAACAGGAAGAAUUUCUCAAACUUCCACGAUUAAAGCUUGAGGUAAUGCUUGAAGACAACGUUGGUCUGCCCAGCAAUGGAAAAUUAUACACAAAGGUAAUCAACUGGGUGCAGCACAGUAUCUGGGAGAACGGAGACAGUCUAGAAGAUCUGAUGGAAGAGGUUCAAACGUUGUACUACUCAGCUGAUCACAAGCUGCUUGAUGGGAAUCUUCUAGAUGGACAGGCUGAGGUGUAUGGCAGUGAUGAUGACCACAUUCAGUUUGUGCAGAAAAAACCACCACGUGAGAAUGGUCACAAGCAGAUAAGUAGCAGCUCCUCUGGAAGUCUUUCUCCAAAUGCCACUGUACAGAGCCCUAAGCAUGAAUGGAAAAUCGUUGCCUCAGAGAAGACUUCGAAUAAUAUCUACCUGUGUCUUGCUGUUCUGGAUGGUGUAUUUUGUGUGAUCUUCCUUCAUGGACGGAACAGUCCUCAGAGCUCUCCAACUAGUACUCCACGACUCCUGAAAAGUCUGAGUUUUGAGAUUCAACCAGAUGAUGUUAUAGAGAAGCCCAUGUCUCCUAUGCAGUAUGCAAGAUCAGGAUUGGGAACAGCAGAACUUAAUGGCAAGCUAAUAGCCGCAGGUGGCUAUAACAGAGAGGAAUGUUUGCGCACAGUGGAAUGCUAUGACCCCCAGAAGGACUGCUGGACUUUCAUCGCACCUAUGAGAACUCCAAGAGCUAGAUUCCAAAUGGCUGUUCUGAUGGGACAUCUGUAUGUUGUAGGUGGAUCAAAUGGCCACUCAGAUGACUUGAGCUGUGGAGAAAUGUAUGAUCCAGAAAUAGAUGACUGGACUCCUGUUCCAGAACUGAGAACCAACCGUUGCAAUGCAGGAGUAUGUGCUCUGAAUGGAAAGCUAUAUAUUGUUGGUGGUUCAGAUCCUUAUGGUCAAAAGGGACUUAAAAAUUGCGAUGUGUUUGAUCCUGUAACAAAAUCUUGGAUGAACUGUGCUCCCCUUAACAUUCGUCGACAUCAAUCAGCAGUAUGUGAAUUGGGUGGAUAUUUGUACAUAAUUGGAGGAGCAGAAUCUUGGAACUGCCUGAAUAGCGUGGAGCGCUAUAAUCCAGAGAAUGACACCUGGAUGCUAAUUGCUCCUAUGAAUGUGGCUAGACGUGGAGCAGGAGUGGCUGUUCAUGAUGGAAAACUUUUUGUUGGUGGAGGCUUUGAUGGUUCUCAUGCUGUCAGCUGUAUGGAGAUGUAUGAUCCUUCUAAAAACGAAUGGAAGAUGAUGGGAAAUAUGACUACUCCAAGAAGCAAUGCUGGCAUUACAACUGUUGCAAAUACCAUUUAUGCAGUCGGAGGAUUUGAUGGCAAUGAAUUCCUGAAUACUGUUGAAGUUUAUAACCCAGAAUCAAAUGAAUGGAGCCCAUACACAAAGAUUUACAAAUUUUAGCCCAUUUGAGCCCCCUUUUGAACUAACAGGCUUAGUGAUGUAAUUGUGUGUUAAUAGAGGUACACAUGUGAAUAAAGUGGGGAGGGCAUAGAAGUUGCCAAAAGCAACACAAAGCUUUUGCAUAUUGCAUAUUAUUAAUGUGCUGUAUAUAUUUGUUUUGGAAAGAAUAUAAAGAUGAAGGGUUUUUUGUGUAUUUCAGAACUUUGUUCUAGAUUUUUUUUUUUUUUUUAAGAUCUUGAGGAUUGGUAUUGCAAGGGAAACUAAACUGAUUGGGCAUAUCAUUUCAGGAGCUCCCCCCCAUGUUUGUUUUGCCAAUUUGCACAUUGAGUAAUUUUUUUUAUCAGAAUGUGUUUCUGGGACAGGAGGGUAGGGGUUUGGGGUGUUAGGCAGUUUUUUCAGGCCUCUUUCUUUUUCUCUUAAGUAACUGGAACAAUCUGUAACAAGAAGCCUUAUUUAAAUAGAUAUAAUGGCUAUUUUUUUUAUUAAAAAGCU